AUGGAGUGUCGUAAAACUUUGAGGCAACUGGUUCUACCUAUAUUCUAUGAUGUCGACCCCUCAGAUGUGAAAAACCAGACAGGUAAUUUUGUAGAAGCAUUCAAGAAAUAUGAAGAGCAUUACAUGUUGGACAUGGACAAAGUUCUCAACUGGAGAAGAGCUCUACGUGAGGCUACUAAUUUGUCAGGGUGGGAUCUAAGAAAACCUGCAAACGAGCAUGAAGCCAAAUUUAUCAGGAAAAUUGUUGAAGAUAUUUCAAGAGAAUUGAGUACCACACACUUGUUUAUAGCACUCUACCCAGUUGGAUUAGAUUCUCGUGUGCAAGAUAUUAAUUUUUGGUUAAAUGUUGGAGCUGACGAUAUUCGCAUGGUAGGAAUUUUGGGAAUGGGCGGAAUUGGGAAAACAACCAUUGCUAAAGCCAUUUAUAACCAAUUUUUUAAUGGAUUUGAAGGAAAAAGUUUUCUUGCAAAUGUUAGGGAAACUUCCAAGGAACCUAGGGGUCAGGUUCGUCUCCAAGAGCAACUUCUUUCUGACAUCUUGAAGACAAGCGAGAUAAAGAUAAGUAGUGUUGAUAGAGGAAUCAGUAUGAUAAAAGAAAGACUUUGUAAUAAAGCAAUACUUUUGAUACUUGAUGAUGUAGACCAAAUGCAGCAGUUGAAUGCCAUAGCUAGAAGGCGUGACUGGUUUGGUUCAGGAAGUACAAUUAUUAUAACAACCAGAGAUGAGCAUUUGCUAAAGGAGCUAGAAGUGGAUAACGUAUAUACAGUUACAUCAAUGAAUGAGAGCGAAUCUCUUGAACUUUUUAGUUGGCAUGCCUUUAGGAGUUGUUUUCCUUCUGAAGAUUAUAUUGACUUGUCAAGAAGUGUUGUUGCUUAUUGUGGAGGAUUGCCACUAGCUCUUGAAGUUUUGGGCUCAUUCCUUUUUUCUAGAAGCAUGCUAGAAUGGAAAAGUGCAUUAGAUAAAUUAAAAAGGAUUCCUCGUGAGCAAAUUCAAAAAAAACUUAGAAUAAGCUUCGAUGGACUUAGUGACAACACUGAAAAGGAUAUAUUUCUUGACAUAUCAUUUUUCUUCAUCAGCAUGGACAAAGACUACGUUGUAAAAAUACUGGAUGGUUGCGGUUUUUUCGCAGAGAUUGGAAUUAGCGUCCUCAUUCAGCGAUGUCUUCUUCAAGUUAGUGGGACAAACGAGUUUAUGAUGCAUGAUUUGCUUCGAGAUAUGGGAAGAGAAAUUGUUCGUGAAAAAGACCCCAACGAACCGGGAAAAUGGAGUAGAUUAUGGCUACAUGCCGAUGCAUUUGAUAUAUUGACGAGGCACGAGAGAUUGAGAUUACUCAAACUUGAUCACAUACGACUCAUUGGAGAUAAUAAAUAUCUUUCCAUUGAAUUAAGGUGGCUUCGCUGGCAUGGAUUCCCUCUAAAGUUUAUGCCAAAUGACUUUUAUCCAAGAAACCUAGUUGUGAUUGACUUGCAACAUAGUAAUCUCAGGCGAGUUUGGGAAGUUCCCAAGUUGUUUGUAAAGAUGAAAAUUCUAAAUCUCAAUCACUCGCAUUAUCUGAGCCAGACCCUUGACUUUUCAAGACUCCCCAAUCUUGAGCAAUUAAUACUUGAAGAUUGUACAAGUUUGUUUGAGGUUCACCACUCCAUUGGAGAUCUUAGAAAUCUUGUUUUGGUAGAUUUCAAAGAUUGUAAAUGCCUUCAAAAUCUGCCAAGAAGUUUCUAUAAGUUGAAGUCUCUGAAAACUCUCAUUCUUUUUGGGUGUUCUAAAAUUGACCGUUUGGAUGACGACUUGGGGGGGAUGGAAUCACUAACAACUCUUUGUGCAGACAAAACCGCUAUAAGACAAGUGCCUUUUACCAUUGUCCAACUAAAGAAUCUCAAAUAUUUAUCUCUAUGUGGGUGUAAAGGAUCACCAUCUAAGUCAUUUCCUUCACUCUUUUGGUCCUGGAUAUCACCAAGGAAAAUUCUCAAGACAAACAAUCUAUUGCCUAUUGCGCUACAAGGCUUGAACUCACUAACACACUUAUGUCUCUUGGAGUGCAAUUUAUCAGAUGACACAAUUCCCAUAGAUCUGUGGAGUUUAUCUUCUCUUCAAAUUUUAGAUUUAAGACGCAAUAGUUUUGAAAGCCUAUCAUCAAGCCUAGGUGGUCUUUCAAAGCUUCAAGAUCUCAGAUUGGAUAGUUGCAGAAAGCUUAAAUCAAUUCCAGAUUUACCGGCAAGUUUGAUUUUUCUAGAUGCAAGAAACUGCACAGUGCUCGAUAGAAUGCUGAAUCUAUCAAACCUCUCAAAUAUGCUUGGUUUGUACCUUAAUGACAGCUACAAAUUAGUUGAAGUUCCAGGCCUGGAUAAGAGGCUGAAUCCCAUUGUAUAUGUUGACAUGGAGGGCUGUAGAAAUCUGAAAUAUACUUUUAAGCAAAGCUUGCUACAAGAAUGGGCUUUGCAUGGAAUUGGUAGUAUGUAUGGCAUUUUUCUCCCCGGCAAUCAAAUUCCUGAUUGGUUCACAUAUAAGGGUGAAGGACCCUCGAUACGUUUUGAAGUACGUAAUGUUGAUAUGAUACUAAAAGGGUUUGCUCUAUGUGUUGUGUUCUCAUCGUGUGCUUUGGUAUUAUCUUUUUAUAGUAGUAGCACGUCAGUUAUUAACCAUACCAAGAAUACUAUUAAGGCCUUUGUGGAACCACCAAUAUUUGGCCCCAUUCCCCGUGGAGAUCACCUAUGGAUAUGCAAUGUUCUUACCAAUGAUUUUGAGGAUGGUGACAAAGCAGAGGUUGUUGUAGAUUGGGGGCCUGAAAUCAUUGUUAAGAAGAUAGGGGUAUUUCAUAAGGAUGCCACUGUUGUUAGUGAUAAUGAGGAUGCCAAUAACAACAGAGAGAAUGUACACUCCUCUAAGAGAAAAAUAGGAUCUAAAAGUAAAAUCAAUGAUUCACAAAUUUUGACGAAAAUGCUUACUACAGAGGAAAAUGAGUAUUAUUUUUUUAAUUCUUUUAUUGAUGAGAUAUCAAAAGUUUCAUUUUGA